AUGCCAACCGGCACCGCCCCUCCACUAGACCUGACCCUCGUCCUGGCGGCUACGCGGGACAUGGGCAUCGGCCGCAACGGCACGCUGCCCUGGACAGGCCUAAAAAAGGAAAUGGCCUAUUUUGCCCGCGUCACCAAGCGCCUUCCUCCUCCUCCUUCUUCUUCUACCUCUACCUCUUCUACUACCACCCCUUCAUCAACAAUGAUAAACGCCGUCAUCAUGGGCCGCAGGACGUGGGAGAGCAUCCCGCCCCGCUUCCGUCCCCUCGCGGGCAGGCUGAAUGUUGUUGUCUCGCGGACGCAGAACCAGGCGGAUAUGCUGCCGGCGAUUGGGUAUCUUGUCGGGUUGAGGGAUGGGCAUGCAAACGCAAACGCGAACGGAAACGGGAACGGCGGACUAAAGGUGCAGCUGGGCAGGGUGUUUGUCAUUGGCGGCGCGCAGAUCUAUGGCGCUGCGCUCGCGCUGGGCUUGAAGGACGGCGCCGGGGCUGGGGCUGAGGUGAGGAGGAUCCUGCUCACGCGGGUGCACACACAUUUUGAGUGUGAUAUCUUCUUUCCGCUAAAGUUGGGUGAGGAGCAGCCUGGGAAUGGCGGGUGGAAGAAGGCCGCGCCGGAGGAGAUGGACGAUUGGGUCGGUGAGGAGGUGCCCAAGGGCGUGCAGAAUGAAGCUGGGACCGAGUAUGAGUUUGAGAUGUGGGAGAAAGUGGACUGA